UCAGUUGUGACGGUUGCUUGAAACCCAUUCCCAUGGCCCGCACGAAGCAAACAGCUCGUAAGUCUACUGGCGGCAAAGCGCCACGCAAGCAGCUGGCCACUAAGGCGGCUCGCAAGAGCGCGCCAGCCACCGGUGGCGUGAAGAAGCCCCACCGCUACCGGCCUGGUACUGUCGCUCUCCGUGAAAUCCGCCGCUAUCAAAAAUCGACUGAGCUACUGAUUCGCAAGCUGCCAUUCCAGCGUCUGGUACGUGAGAUCGCGCAGGACUUCAAGACCGACCUGCGCUUCCAGAGCUCGGCGGUGAUGGCGCUGCAGGAGGCCUGCGAGGCUUACCUGGUGGGGCUCUUUGAGGACACCAACCUGUGUGCUAUCCACGCCAAGCGAGUGACUAUCAUGCCAAAGGACAUCCAGCUCGCUCGCCGCAUUCGCGGAGAGAGGGCAUAAGUUAUACUGAGGGUGUGUGCCAACUGAAACCAAAGGCUCUUUUCAGAGCCACCAAAAAUUUCAGCUGAAAGCGCCGCAGCACUAGGGAGUAACGUCUCCUAAAACAAGGAGGAUGGAGGGUUAGGGGAUGGGGGCAGGGCCGGUGGCUUUUCUAAACUAUGCUUUUGUCUCUUGGCCAUUGUCUUCAAAAUGGCCGGGAGCGGCGGCUCACGCCUGUAAUCCCAGCACUGUGGGAGCCUGAGGCGGGCGGAUUACUUAUACAAAGGUCAGGAAUUUGAGACUAGUCUGGCUAACAUGGUGAAACCCCGUCUUCACUAAAAGUACAAAACCAAAAAACAAAAA